AUGGUCAAGGUUCUCCUUGUGUUAUACGACGGUGGUAAACAUGCCGUAGACCAACCUGGUCUGCUCGGAACGACAGAAAACGAGCUGGGCCUCAGAAAGUACCUCGAAGACAAGGGCCAUACCUUGAUCACCACCUCUGAUAAGGAGGGCGAGAAUUCCGUUUUCGAGCGUGAGCUAGUCGACUCAGAAAUCAUCAUCACUACCCCCUUCCACCCUGGAUACCUCACCAAGGAGCGUCUCGACAAGGCAAAGAAGCUCAAGCUGGCCAUCACCGCCGGCGUAGGAUCCGACCACGUUGACCUGGAUGCCGCCAACAAGACCAACGGCGGUAUCACCGUCGCGGAGGUAACUGGAUGCAAUGUUGUAUCUGUUGCAGAACAUGUUGUCAUGACUAUCCUCAUCCUUGUCCGUAACUUCGUCCCCGCAUACCAGCAGGUCUCCGGCGGUGAGUGGGACGUUGCUGCUGUCGCUAAAAACUCGUAUGACCUUGAGAACAAGGUUGUUGGAACCGUUGCUGUCGGCCGUAUUGGAGAGCGUGUCCUCCGUCGACUGAAGCCAUUCGACUGCAAGGAGCUGCUUUACUAUGACUACCAGCCACUGAAGCCAGAGGUUGAGAAAGAGAUCGGCUGCCGUCGAGUUGAAUCUCUCGAGGAGAUGCUUGGCCAGUGUGACGUCGUCACCAUCAACUGCCCACUGCAUGAGAAGACGCGAGGCCUCUUCAACAAGGAAUUGAUCUCCAAGAUGAAGAAGGGUUCAUGGCUCAUCAACACUGCCCGUGGCGCAAUUGUUGUCAAAGAAGACGUGGCCGAGGCUGUGAAAUCGGGCCACCUCCGCGGAUAUGGAGGCGACGUUUGGUUCCCCCAGCCUGCUCCAAAGGAUCACCCUCUCCGAUAUGUUCAGGGCCCAUGGGGCGGUGGUAACGCCAUGGUCCCGCAUAUGUCUGGAUCGACAAUUAAUGCUCAAAUCCGAUAUGCCGAAGGCACCAAGUCUAUACUCGAGUCGUACUUCUCGGGCAAAUUCGACUAUAAGCCCGAAGACCUCAUCGUCCACGCGGGCGACUAUGCCACCAAGGCAUAUGGCGAGAGAAAGUAA